AAACAUGUUCACGUGGUAUGGUUAGAAAAUCCAGCACGAUUUCCCUGAGUUUUAUUUCGAAUUUCGCGAAGUUAUACCUUCGGAGUCAGAGGUGACCCUGCAAGUGUGACGCAGGGUGGUUUGCAAAUUAAUCGACGCGGCUGUCUGGAGCAAGUCCCAGAUUUAUUUUAUUUUAAUCCACAUUAAACAAUGGGUUAGAGAGCUACGAGGAGCAGACUAAUCUUUAGCCUUGAACUUACGGUUAGUCUCAAUAAUAGUUUGGUUCAAUUAUUUUCUCUCUGUAUCUAAGCUUCCUUUUAAGGAGUAUUUUGUUCAAGAGCUGAUAUUUGUUGUUUUUACUGACCGGCUGAGAGACGCAAAAAGUCCAUUUAAAACACUCUCUUGAUCGUCUUUCUAUUAAGCCAUCACUUGAGAUUUUCAUGAGUUAGAUUAUUAAGAAUAAUCGACAUCAAUUAAAUAGAAAUCGAAGGGAUCUUUACCCGCAGGAACUCGUGACCGUAUUCAAUCAUUAAUCGUGGGUUUAAAUGCUUGACUAGAGCUUACUAACAAAGCAGCUUAUCUACUCUCCCAGAAAUCAUUAGUUGGGUCACUUCUCCAGAUCAACUUCUGGGAUGUUCUUUCACUGCUCUCUCCCUUUGGAUGUGGUUAACAUUCAAUGUGUUUAUGCAAUCUUGCAGACAAACAUUCAGAGGGACAAGGGAGGUAGUGAAGGUACGAACAAAUGUGUCUGGGAGUUUAGGCUAUCUAAGAAAGAAGUUGUAUUCUUGGAGACUUCAGCCGUGGAUAACUUUGAUCCUGCUUGUUAAAAUUCAGGACCAGCAAGGUCAAUUCACAAAUGAAGUGAGGUUUCCUGUCUGCUCCACAUGUCUUUAACAAAACUUCUUUGGCAAUCUUUCUUUGCCUAUCAUCGAUCUCUUAUGCUAUCUGUAAUCAGAACAAUCUUAAAAGCACAGGGAUUUAAAACACUCUACCAGAAAAUAUUUUGACGAGCGAGUGCUCGGUAUUUUCUUCACUAAAUUUAUGGCCGCCAUUAUGACUGGUAACAGGUGAAUUCGAUCCCUUGCAUGGCUGCUCCAAUUCCACCGCUUGAAGUAUGGUUGUGUGACCCCUAACUUUUGAUCUAACGCGACUUUUCGGACUUGAAUACUGAGGUACUAUCAUAAACCCAGUACAACUUGAGACGAAGUGUUUUGGUUAAUGGAAGGAAUUCGAUUCUGAUUGUAUUCUGGAAUACAACAGAAGCAAUCACUGCAAAUCAGUGUUUAAACAUGUUAAAAAAAACAUUGCUUUCAGUGUAAAAAAAACAUUGCUCACACAGUAUUAGACGGAAAAGUGAUAACUGUCCGAUUUCUGGGCACGGUAUAUCAGCAAGAAGUUGAUGAAUGAGUAAAUGGAUUUAUGGAUUGGUAGACGGACGGACUGUCAUGCGUUUGCUUGUUCUUUUGCAUUACCAUAAAGUGAGUUCGACCAAAGCAUUGCACCAGUAAAAGUGGUGAAUUUUCAAAGUUUGCUUGUAGGACUUUAUUUUAAGAAGUGAUGUUGAAUUUUAGUUGUUCUUUUGUAUUACGAUAAAAUGAGUUCCACUAAAGCAUUGCACAAGUAAAAGUGGUAAAUUUUCAAUGUUUGUCUGCAGGGCUUUAUUUUGUGAAGUUAUGUUGAAUCUUGGUUGUUCUUUUGUAUUACGAUAAAAUGAGUUCCACCAAAGCAUUGCACAAGCAAAAGUGGUAAAUUUUCAAGGUUUUUCUGCGGGGCUUUAUUUUGUAAAUCGAUGUCAAAUUUAUUAAAUAACCGCAGAAAUUUGAUCAACGUUCAAUUCGCUACCAUCCCAUCUUAAUUUCGGAGACAUUUGCGCGAGAUCUGGGGUUGAGGAAGAAGUCGACUUUAAAAAUGGCGACUAGGCCGACGUUGUUUAUGAAAAGAAACAGUGUUUCAUGCCGCAUUGUCUGGCUCUACUUAAAACAGAAUGCAAUUCCAUUUAUGAUGAUUGAUUUGGAUGAGUGUAAGCCUUCAGAUUUUGAAAGCAGAAGCCCUCUUGGUACAGUGCCAGUAUUGCAAGAUGGUGGCCAUAAUAUUUAUGGGAGCCAGGCUAUAGUCUAUUACUUGGCAGAGAAAUACACAAACUAUGCAGGUUUUGGAAAAAACAAUGAAAGACCACUGAUAGAGUCUGUCAUUAACUGGGCAGCCACUACACUACUGAGGGACAUUGGAAAUAAUUAUGUCUACCCAAGCUUAAACUGGCCAGGAGUUGCCUUGGCCAAAGAAAGCAACUCCUCCCUGGUAGACUUCGGCAAGAAUGAAGUGAUCUUCCACCUGGAUGUUUUAGAAAAGCACUAUUUGUGUCACCAUGAGUUUCUGUGCGGCAACUCAUCCACUAUUGCAGAUUGCUGGGUUGCUGUAGUCCUCUCUUUGUUAGAGCUGGUGUGUUUUGACCUAACACCCUGGCCAAGGCUGAGGUCAUGGGUGUGCAGUAUGAAGUCCAAUGGUGAUUAUGUGGAUGUCAGUUAUAAUCAUGAAGAAAUGGUGCGGAAGAGUUUCUAUAAUCUGAAUAGCAGUGCUUCAGAUCUGAAGACUGUGAGUGUUGAGAAUCUCACCUAAUUGCUUGAACAUAUUUCUCUACAAACAGCAUACAGUAUGGUUCAUUUAGUAGGAACUUGUUCAUUGACCAUUUCAUUAAAUUAUGUAAAUGUAAACUA